AUGGCCAACACGGUUAUCCAGCCGGAGGUCGAGACCAACGCCGGAAACCUGGAACUGAAGGACAAUACUGUCAUUGUUGUUCUGGGCGCUUCCGGUGACCUGGCAAAGAAGAAGACUUUCCCCGCACUCUUCGGUCUCCACCGAAACAACUUCCUUCCCAAAAAUGUCAAGAUCGUCGGAUAUGCCAGAACAAAGAUGGACCAUGAGGAAUACCUCAAGCGCGUCAAGUCAUACAUCAAGACCCCAACAAAGGAGCUAGAGCAGCAGUUGGAGGAGUUCUGCAGCUUCUGCACGUACAUCUCUGGACAGUACGACCAGGAUGAAUCGUUCAUCAACCUCCGAAAGCACCUGGACGAGCUUGAGCAGGGACGUAGUGAGACGCACAGGAUAUUCUACAUGGCACUACCCCCAAGCGUCUUCAUUCCCGUCUCGCAGCACUUGAAGCGCAACUGCUACCCAACUAAGGGCAUUGCUCGUGUCAUUGUCGAGAAGCCGUUCGGCAAAGAUCUCGCGAGCUCCCGAGAGCUCCAGCGCGCGCUUGCGCCUGACUGGGUUGAGGACGAAAUCUUCCGAAUUGAUCACUACCUGGGCAAGGAAAUGGUCAAGAACAUUCUCAUCCUGCGAUUCGGAAACGAGUUCUUCGGCGCUACCUGGAACAGGAACCACAUUGACAAUGUUCAGAUUUCGUUCAAGGAGCCUUUUGGAACUGAGGGACGGGGUGGUUACUUCGAUGAGUUUGGCAUCAUCCGGGACGUCAUGCAGAACCACUUGCUACAGGUGUUGACGCUGCUCACCAUGGAGCGACCCAUCUCUUUCUCCGCCGAAGACAUUCGGGACGAGAAGGUGCGCGUCCUGCGCGGUAUGCCCGCCAUCGAGCCCAAGAACGUCAUCAUUGGCCAGUAUGGCAAGUCGCUGGACGGAACGAAGCCCUCUUACAAGGAGGAUGACACUGUCCCCAAAGACUCGCGGUGCCCUACCUUUGCCUCCAUGGUUGCUUACAUCAAGAACGAACGGUGGGACGGCGUGCCAUUCAUCCUGAAGGCAGGAAAGGCUCUAAAUGAGCAGAAGACAGAGGUCCGCAUUCAGUUCAAGGAUGUGACCUCCGGCAUAUUCAAAGACAUCCCGCGAAACGAGCUUGUUAUCCGUGUGCAGCCCAAUGAGAGUGUUUACAUCAAGAUGAACUCCAAGCUGCCCGGAUUGAGCAUGCAGACAGUCGUUACCGAGCUCGACCUCACCUACAGACGGCGAUUCUCAGAUCUGAAGAUCCCCGAGGCUUACGAGUCUUUGAUCUUGGAUGCUCUGAAGGGAGACCAUUCCAACUUUGUCCGUGAUGAUGAGCUUGAUGCUAGCUGGAGAAUUUUCACUCCCCUCCUUCACUACCUUGAUGAUAACAAGGAGAUCAUUCCCAUGGAAUACCCAUACGGCUCGCGCGGCCCUGCCGUGCUGGACGAUUUCACAUCCUCUUACGGAUACAAAUUUAGCGAUGCAGCAGGUACGAUGCCACCUCUGUCCUCUGUUCCCUAG